CUCUUACUCUCGCGUCGCGACGCAUCGUAUUCUAAUACUUUAAUGGAUUCGCGUCCUACGCGUGGAAUAAUAAUAAUGUGUCAGCGACGGCGGCAUCUUCUUCUUCUUGUCCCAUUAUGUUAAGAGAUUUAGAAAAUUGAACAUUUGCAGAAGUGAAAGGUCCGACAUCGGCUUUCCUCCAUCCAUUUCACAAAACAAUUGCUCCAUUUCCAUGGAAAUCCGCAGCAAUCUGUAGCCACUCAUCUCUCUCUCUCUCUCUCGCAUUACACACGUACAAGAGAAUUACCAUAGAAACGCAAUACAUAACCCUAACCUUGAAUGCUCGCGUUGGUAGGGAAACGAGCGAUGAUCGGUUUAUUUAAGGUUUCCCCCAUUUUUGUAUUAACCUUCGUCUUAGUAUUUUAUUAAUAUAAUUUGAAAAUGAUUAAUUUGCUUGGUUUCGUUUGGUUUCUUAGCAACGAAAACUAAUGACAUUAUUAUUAUUUUGAAAUAGGUGGAUGCGCCGGGUUUCAAAGUGAUCUACGAUCACGAUUUAUUAACGUAAUCGAAGGAUUAUAGUAAUUCGGUUGUAGAUAGUUUGACAACUCAAACGUCGGUCGUAAUUGUUGCGGAGAUCAAUCAAUCGCGCCCGAAUAAACGUUUGCAUUGCUAGAAUUUGUGCGGAACGGAUCAAAGCGGGCGUCCCAAAUUCCAGCUGCGCACAUUAUUAUCACACAAUACGCUUUCAUCGUCAUCAUGGAAACGUGAUUAACGACGUCCCAUACGCACGCACGCACGUAUCAUAGCAACAAUAACUGGUUGUGAAUGCUGAUUUGCAGACGAAUCGGAUUAUCGAAUCGAACGUAAUACAAAACAGCAAACGAAACGAGAGAACAUAGAUGUAAGAUGUAGACAUUUGGACGGUUUCCAGACCUCCGUGUAGACGGGCGCAUUUCCUCGACCCAAAUCUGUCAUCAUGACAUAACGUCGCCUUGGCAACAAAGUCAAUAAAUUGGAAAUGAGACGCACAAGGCGACACAAAUUCCUGCAGAUUUCGGUGUUCUUCAUGAUAUACUCCAUAAUCCACGUGUUUUCCGAUAACGUGGGUGGUGGUGGUGGUGGUGGUGGUGAAGCGGUUGCAGAAGCAGCGGCGGCAGCAGGAGCAGGAAAGUCGGUCGAGACUCUGGUGGUCAAGAACGAGGCGUCCAGCGAUAAUGCGUCGAGCGUCAAGACGCCACCGCCGACGCCAUCUACCACAGGAAAUAAUGUCAUCACUGUCGGCCCCACCGGUAUGGGACCGCACGGCCAUCCCACCUGGAGACCCAAACGACCCAACUGCACACCACCUGCAAUCGAACAGUUUCCGAAACCGAUCAUGGGUCCGUGGGGCAGAAAGCACGGAGGCAUAAUUGUUCACAUCCUGGUCGCGGCGUACACCUUCAUUGGUUUAGCGAUCGUCUGCGAUGAAUACUUUGUUGCGUCUUUGGAUAGAAUCUGCGAAGAGCUCAAGCUGUCACCGGAUGUGGCCGGUGCGACGUUCAUGGCGGCAGGAAGUUCGGCGCCGGAACUGGCGACCGUCAUCAUCGGCGUCUUCUUCGCCAACGACGAUAUCGGCGUUUCCGGCGUGAUCGGCUCCGCCGUUUUCAACAUAAUGUUCGUCAUUUCGGUGUGCGCCCUCUGCACGAGCACCGUCUGCUACCUGAACUGGUGGCCUUUGGUGAGGGAUUGCUUCUUCUACGCCCUCUCCAUCCUCAUAAUGCUCUUCACCAUUUACAACGAUACGAUCACAUGGGGCGAAUCUUUGUUCAUGUUGAUCAUGUACGUGGUGUACUGCAUUGCGUUGCAUUUCAACGCGCCUCUCGAGAGGUGGGCUCAAACCCUUCCGAUACCCUUCAAACCUGCAGCUCCCGAAGAGGAAUCCGGUUUGGUGAGUUACAAAACUCUGGACGAAGAUCGGACGAAGAGGUCGAGCUACGGAAGCCCGGACAAGAACGGCGUCGCCGAGGUUGAGCAAGGAUACGGAGGAGCAGGUGGUGAUACUUUGAGCGGACCAAGUUUGAAUCAGGUGCAGGCGGAUCCCGCGCAACACCAGCAUCAGCAGGGAGGUCAACAUCAGGGACCGGCAGGGGCGAGCGGUUACUACAGACCCAAGGAGGCCGAUCCGAACGCCGUCGAUCCACUCGUACAACCCAUCGAUGGUACGCUCUUCCAGAAGAUCAGCUGGGCCGUCGUCUUUCCCAUCCACUACAUGUGCAGGAAAACCAUCCCCGAUUGCAAAACGGAAAAGUACAAGAACUGGUAUCCGUUCACCUUCUGCGUCUCGAUGGUUUGGAUCUCUUUCUACUCUUAUUUCAUGGUUUGGAUGAUCACCAUCAUCGGAACAACUCUGGGAAUUCCCGACACCGUGAUGGGACUGACUUUCGUGGCUGCCGGCGUUUCCGUUCCGGACGCUCUAUCCAGUAUUGCGGUCAUCAAAGAAGGGUACGGAGAUAUGGCCGUAUCGAAUGCGGUCGGAUCGAACGUGUUCGAUAUUCUGGUCUGUCUGGGUCUUCCUUGGUUCAUCCAAACGGCGAUAAUCAAACCCGGUUCCCAUGUGAACGUCAUAAGCAAAGGUCUCACCUAUUCGACGUUAUCCCUUCUCUCGACCGUCGUCUUUCUGGUCGUCGCGACGCACCUGAACGGCUGGAAGUUGGACAAAAAGUUGGGCGUCGUCCUGAUGAUCUGGUAUCUGAUAUUCAUCACGUUCGCGAGUAUGUACGAGCUGAACGUCUUCGGACAGCUGAAUCCACCGGAAUGCAAGAGUCUCUACUAAGAAGAUGAAUGCAUACUUCCGUGGACUUAUUUUAUUUAAACUAAAAAAAAAUAUGAUUUCAACUAAACAAAGAAACUAAGAGAAGAACUGCAUGAUAAGAGAGAGAGAGAGCGUGGAUUAUUGAAUGUUUAUUGUGCAAAGCGAACGCCGGUUUUUGUUUUUUUUUGUUUCGGAGGAUAUCUAGAUGUUGUUUAGAAUUGUUAUUGUAGAGAGAAUGAGAGACGAAGAAGAUUUUUCUAAUGAAAACAAGGAAAAAAACGCGCAGGUUCAUACGGAAUGAGACGUGCGCUUCGGAGUUAAUUAAUGUUAUUAUUAUCAUUAUACCUGCUUGUAAAUGUUACAUCGAAGAAAGAAAACUAAGAGUGAAGAUGAAGAUGAAGAGAUGUUACCCAAGAACCAAAGAUCCUUCGCGUUUUGUUGAUGAUGUCGAUGGUUUCGUUUAAGAUUAGGUGUGUUUUAACGAUUUAAUAUGUCUAAACGUCUCAACGUUUCUGUUUGGUUUUAUAUAUAUUUAAAGUGUAUAAACAAGAAGAAAGAAAAAAAAACAAGUAUUUAAACGAAGAAAAUGAAGGAAGAAAGGAAAUGUAAGUUUGUAUAGUUCUUCCCCGGACCCGAUUUCACAUAGUUCUUACCUUAAAUACUUCUAUAUAUAUAAAACAUACAACGUUUCUUUAAAAGUCUGUGAUUUGUUUCCAUUUAUCUUCGAUAUUUACACAUAAGAAAAAGUAAUAUAUAUAUAUGAUAUGAUAUACAUAUUGAUAAUUAUUGACGAAGACGAUGAAAAUACCUUACAAAAUAUAUAUAUAUAUAAAUCAUGAUGAUGAAUAUAACACUAUGUUUGUUAAACUUAUUUCAAUUUUUCAAUUAUUAUUUUGUAAUAAAGAUGCUAGAAAAUCGUUUGAAUCACUUUCCUCCACUUCUUGUUGAUGUUACUGUUAACGCCGAUCGAUGUUGUUGAUGUUUGUUGUUGUUAUUGUUGUUGUCGUCGUCGCUUGUUGCUACUGUUAUUGUUGCUAUAGUUUCCUAUAAACCGUGAUGUAUUUGUUUCAAACGAUUCUUCAUUUAUUUUCGAUGUUGUUGUUGUUGUUGUUUUGUUUAUCCCUGAGCACAUGUAUAUGCACCCCUGCGCACUUGAUUAUUAUUAUUAUCAUUAUUAUUAAUGUUCCAGCAACUUUAUUACAAAAUUAUC